AUGGACAGACGCAGAGGCAGCAUCCGACAAGUAGUGUUGUCUUCCCCUUCUGUUACUGGCACCACCACCAUAACAAUUGAAAGCUCAGUUCCAUCAUCCUCUUCAUCUCAGCAGGAACAGCAGCAACCUGAAGUCCUUUUUCUCCCCCUCAAUCGCAAGAAGAAGAAGGUCUCGUGGAAAGACGGCACUGUGGACAAUGAGUUCAUGCAGAAAAAGAGUUCCAAGAAGUGUUGUAUCUUUCAUAAAGAGAAGCCCUUCGAUGAAGAUGAUAGUGAUGAAGAUGAUGUACCAAACAGCUCUGAUAAACAUCCCCAUGAUCACGGUGACAGUGGGUUUUGUUGCAAGAAUCAUGAUGAAGCUGGCCCGAGCAGUUAG